CAAGACUUAACACACAGGCUUCUGAAUGAAUGAGUGGGUGGGCCAUGACGUCAAUGUGGUGGGACCUUUACAGAUCCCACCCAGCGAUGCGUUCCCCCUAUCAGAGGGCUCACACUUUUUUGCUAAGUAAUUUGUUCUCUGCGUUCUCUGGAAUCCUCUCAAGCGGAGGACUUCUACAUUCCGAUUGGUUGACGGAUACUUUGACGCUCCUGCACAGUACAGCGUUGUUGGCAGGGCAGCCAGAGCGAAUUUUGACGCUCUCGCCGGCGGCGGUCUGAACGCACAGUAAGAAAGGGUUUAGAAAAUGGAUAGGGUGAGUUUUCAUUUUAUGCUGACUAGAUAUUUGAAAUGAACUCUAGCUCCCCCUGGAGUACAGACCAAAACAUUGGCUUAGCACUCCAGUAUGCGUGGUAAGUCCUGGGUAUACUUUUUUUUUUUACACAUACGCUAAAGUAUGCGCACAGUCGAAAGCAUAGCCUUGAAAAUUAUACUUUAUUUGACUUGUACGCACACACAGGCAUUCGACGCAUGCGCAGUUUUGAGCAAUCUCUUGCCAUGAGUUACAACCCAUGUAAAUAUAUUUGUAUUUUUUCAUACUACAAUGAGGGUACAGGUAAUUGUACAAGUUGUACAAAUGAGGGUACUUUGUAACCUCUUCACACAAUCUGUCAUCUAUGUAGGCCUCCAUUGUCGCUGUAGCUUGCAUGUGUUCCGGUCUGUUCUGUUUAUGCAGUUUUUCUUUGACUACCUUGUGAAUCGACGCCCCCAGCGCACGGUUGCCAGCUUGUGGAUAAACUAAUUACUGCAAAAAAAAACACGGUGCGCGUGUUCUUCUGAUGACGGAAUUCGCGUCACGCACACUGUACGCUGAUUCUCACGUACAUAUUCUGGCAGAGCAGAACAGUCCUUUGCUACAUGACCAGGAGGUCAUGCCCUUCACCAGCUAUCCCAGCAUGCAGUACACCUCGGUGGAGCCCUCCAUGUCAUCACCAUCAUACUACUCCAAUCAGCACUGCUACUCACAGUAUGGUGGGGAGGAAUGGUACUCUACAUCCACUGUGUUUGAGAUGAGGAAAGGACCAUUGGAGGGUGGCUUUGAUAAUGAGCUCGACGAGUCUUGCCCUGUAGUCCCGACUGUGUGCAGAAGGUCCAGAAACGCAGCCCACUCCGGAAGGAGCAAAGGCGAGGAACUGUGUGUGGUCUGUGGAGAUAAAGCAUCAGGGUAUCACUACAAUGCACUCACAUGUGAAGGAUGUAAAGGUUUCUUCAGAAGGAGUAUCACAAAGAAUGCUGUAUAUAAAUGUAAGAGUGGAGGAAACUGUGAGAUGGACAUGUACAUGCGAAGGAAAUGCCAAGAGUGUCGACUCAGGAAGUGCAAAGAGAUGGGCAUGCUUGCAGAAUGCUUGUUAACCGAAAUCCAGUGCAAAUCCAAAAGGCUGAGGAAAAACACAAAAGCCUCAUCUGACGAAAGUAUAGGGGAUGAUGUUGGUGAUAGCAGAGAUGCUAAACAGUUUGUAUCUACUACAAAACCCUCCAAGGAAAAUAUAGAACUGAGCCAAGACCAGCAGGCUUUAAUAAGUUAUAUAGUUGACGCUCACAACAAACAUCGCAUCCCUCAGGAUAUGGCAAAAAAACUGCUACAAGAGCAAUUUAACGCAGAAGAAAACUUCCUUCUACUGACCGAAAUGGCAACUAGUCACGUCCAGGUGUUGGUUGAGUUCACAAAAAACAUACCAGGUUUUCAGUCUCUGGAUCAUGAAGAUCAGAUCGCUUUAUUGAAAGGUUCCGCCGUAGAGGCGAUGUUCCUACGUUCGGCCCAGGUUUUCACCAAGAAACUGCCCAAUGGACACACAGAGGUGCUGGAGGACAGGAUCAGAAGGAGCGGAAUAUCUGAAGAGUUUAUGACACCCAUGUUUAACUUCUAUAAAAGCAUCGGGGAGCUGCAGAUGAUGCAAGAGGAACAUGCUUUACUUACUGCUAUCACAAUCCUCUCACCAGACAGACCAUAUGUAAAAGACCAGCAGGCAGUGGAGCGUCUGCAGGAGCCCAUGUUGGAGGUGCUGAGGAAGGUCUGUAAGCUACAGCACCCUCAGGAGCCCCAGCACUUUGCAAGGCUUCUCGGUCGUCUAACUGAGCUUCGCACCCUCAACCACCACCACGCCGAAAUGCUAGAGUCAUGGCGCAUGAGUGACCACAAGUUCACCCCCCUCCUCUGUGAGAUCUGGGACGUUCAGUGACACAGAAAAUGCACAAAAAAUGGGUGGGUGAAGGAGAAAUGGCAAAGACUUUUACUAAGCUACCAAAGAGAGGAGUUUACACACUUUUGAGAGAAGCUGACUGUUAAAGUAUGAAAUGUAAACAUUAUAUAUUGCCAAAUGUCAAGUAAAACAGGAAAUAAUAAUGAUUUUAAGACAUUAUCAGCUCUUCAAGAAAAGAUUGAUGGGCACAUUUUGAUAUUGUAAUGCCUUUGUAAAUGUUUACCUGGCCUUUGCUACUUGAUUUGUUUAAAAUCUGCUUCAUCUGAGGAUUACAUGGCUUUUUACACGUUAUGUCUGUUUGUGUAUUGUGUAAUUCACCUAAAUAUUUUAAGGUUCUCAAAACCUGUACUUCUUGACCUGUGGUCACUCUUUUCACAUUUUGAGAACCAUGUAACCUUCCAGUCUUCUUUUGUGCUUAAAUAUAGGUGUUUAUCUGUAAGCUGGUGUUUUACCACUGUUAAAUUCUAUAUAAACAUUACAUGCAAUGCAUUAUAAGUACAUUAAUGCAUACAGAUCUAGCUAUCACAUUUUGGUCUGUAUCUUUUCAGUGUGCGAGUAAUCAAACAAAAUUUUUCAUCAUAAAUUCAUGAGCAAUAUACGUGAUACAGUGUGACUAAUGCAUGAACUCGUGAAUUCAAAUGAUCCUCAUACUGUGAUACUCACAGUGUGAGUAAUAUGUGAGCUCAUUGUGAAUUCAAAAUGUUGAGCAGUUACAUCACACCAUUCUCAUACUGUGAUACUCACAGUGUGAUUAGGAAGUGAAAAGGAGUCACCAAAACAACACCAGAAUCUGAAUGCAUCCGUCAAAUAUAAAUAUUUGUGUCAAAUGCCAACACCAGGCUGAAAAGAAUACAAAAUAAACAAGGAAACUGAAUGUUAGAAAUACUUUGUUGGUGGAAAUAAAAUAUGAACUUUUACAUGA